AUGGCUCAUCCAUAUACCUCAAAUCUAUCUCCCGAAAAGGAAAAAGAAAUAGCUGACAAAAUCAUUCAAAGAGCAGAAUUAGCUAGAAUGACAAGACAAUUAAAGGUGGGCUUAAGUAAAGUACAAUCACCGAAAAAAGCAGCUAUUAAACAGCAGCAACAAAUGUUAAUGUCCAAAGAAUUCCCCUUAAAAAGAAGGAAACAAGAUGUUAAUAUGAUAAAUAGUAAAGAAGUAACCAAAAAUUAUGAUCAUGAUUAUGAGAAUAAUCUUUCUCCUUUGAAAAAAUUUAAACACUUUAAGCGUAGGAAUAGUGGUUGUACUAAUGAUGAUGUAGGAACUUUAAAUGAUUAUAAUAAUGGUACUUAUAAUGGUAUUAACAAUAAUAAUAAUAAUAGUAAUAAUAAUAAUAAUAAUAGAAGUCGAGUUAAUAGCAUUGUUAACAUUAGUAGUAAUAAUAGCAAUGAUUUACCAUCCUUCCAAUUUCCUCCCUCAACACCAAAAAGAAACAAUGGUAAUAAAACUACAAAAACGAAAAAGGAUCAAAGAAAUAAUAACACUGUUACCGGAGAUGGGAGAGUAGAUCAUAAUAGUGAUAAUAAUAGCAACAAUAUAGAAAUAACGGAUAAUAAUGACAAUUUGGAUAAUGAGGAUGAUACACAAGAUUUGUCCGACUUAGGUGCAGAUUUGUUAAUGUAUUUAGCGUCUAGUCCAUAUAGUACAAUGAAACAGCCCGAGUAUACGAAUAUUCUAAAUGAUAAUAAUAAUACGAAUAACAAUACUAAUAUUAUUCCAAUGACUCCUUUAAGAGUAGAUGGCAAUAGCAAAGCAUCAACGAAAAUGAAGAAAAAGGAAAUUAAACAGAAUGGCACAUCUUCUAUCUCUGAUAAUAUAGAAAAUACUGAUGACACAGAAGAGGAAGAAGAAAGAAAAGAAGAGAAAGAAAAGGAAGAAGAAAAGGAAGCUACACGAGUAAACUACAAUAACUUUAUGAAAAAUGCGACUCCUGGUGGCAACAAUAGUAAUGAAUUUGAUUCACCUUCCGUUUACACACAGCUGAUGAUGUCUUCUCCUACAAGAAAUGCACAAUUAAUAUCUACUGUUCCUGAGACACCAGGUAUGGCUAAUACUAGUAAUAAUAAUGAACGCAAACGGAAUAAUAGUAUGAAUAAUAACUGUGGUACAACUAAUAACACCACCAAUAAUAACAAUAACAAUAGCAAUAAUAUUAAGACUGAAAAUAAUAAAAUUAAUGAUAAUCAAAAUGAUAACACUAGUAAUAACGGUACUAAUAAAGUUUUUCCCGCAGAAGAUUAUAAAAACAAUGUCAAGAAUGGAAAAAAUAAUAUUAGUAAGAAUAAAAAUAAAAAUGAUACGAAAGAAAAAGAUGGUAAUUUGCCAAUAAAUGAUAUGAUUUCAUUGUCUGAUACUCCUAAUGUUAAAUAUAAUACAAUUUCUAACACUACAGUCACCAAUACAAAUACAGAUGGUGAAGCAUCGGAACGUAGUAAGAGAAAUAAUAGUAUUGAAGAUAACAAUGGAACUUUAUUAUUGCCACCCAAAUCUACCAAUACAAUUGUACCUGUUACUACCACUACUAGUAUUAACAACAAAAUCUCUAAAUUCGCUUCUCCUAAAACGCCAAGAACAAGGUUCGACACUGGAUUAGGUGUUACAUCGACUUCGACUGGUAUUACACCCUUUUUAUUAAAGACGCCUAAUUUUAACAUGGGUGAUUAUAUGCAUAAUUUGUUUAGUCCUAGUCCUAGGAUAACAACAUCAAUAAUGGGUAACGGUAUUGUUCCUAACGCGGCCACUAGUACAGUUACUUCAAUGGCACUUAAUACUAAUAGUAAUAAUAAUGUUAAUAAUAAUAGUGGUAUUAAUAACAAUAAUAGUAAUGGUAAUAAUAAUAAUAGUAUAAAUGAUACUACUUGA